AUGCCUUCGAAACGACCAGCAUCUCAUUCCCCUGCAGGCGAGCGACGGCCAAAGAGACAACAGACCUCAUCGCCUCCCGAAGAAGGCGAGGUCAAUGAUGAUAGGCCGAAACUCCCUCCUACCUUACCUCCCAAGCCUGCCCACGCAGGACUUCCCCCGAAACCUUCAACGGAUAGCAGAACUAAAAUCCCGUUUCCUUUCAAGAAGAAGAAUGCGCAGCCGGCUCCAAUGCAAAACAAUGUCUUUGAGCAGUUUGAAACGAGGAGAGAAGACGAUCGCAGAGCCACGAGAGAGAUUGAACAACGGAAACCAACGAUGCGAGGCGGAGACCACUGGGAAUCGAGUCGGUACCGUGGGAGACGUUCACCAUCUCCUAGGCGGCGCUCAAGGUCACCCUAUCACAAUCACAACCGGGGUCGGUCAAGAUACGACGACCGCUCGUAUCGAGCACGAGACAAUCACUACCGCCCCUCAGACCAGUACCGACCAAUCUCCCCCCAUUCACAUCAGUACAGACCAAUCUCUCCCCAUUCACAUUCCUCCCCCAGACAUCCACCACCGCAACCAGCUCACUCUCCUCCACCGCCACCGCCCCCAGACAUUCGACUUAACAAUCCUUUACCACCCAAACCACCACCGCCUAUCUCCCCUCCUCGCAAGCAACCACCUGAAAUCCGAAAAGAGGUUGCUCGCACAACUCGCAGGACUCCGCCCCCACGUCGGUCCCAGCAGGCAGAGGAAAUAGCCUAUGGACGCACAUUUAAAGGCUGUGGUAACCAAUAUGACUAUGAGAUCACAACUAAACUUGGGGAAGGAACUUUUGGUGAGGUACACAAGGCCCACCACCCGGCUUCCAAUAGUCUGGUUGCGUUGAAGCGAAUUCUGAUGCACAACGAGAAAGAGGGAAUGCCCGUAACUGCUUUGCGGGAAAUCAAGAUUCUGAAGGCGCUCAAUCAUUCGUGCAUUGUCAACAUCCUCGACAUGUUUGUUGUUCGCAGCACAUCCAAGGACCCUCUCUCUGUCUAUAUGGUUUUCCCGUAUAUGGACCACGAUCUCGCGGGACUACUGGAAAACGAACGGGUCAAACUUCAACCGAGCCAAAUAAAGUUAUAUAUGAAGCAGCUAUUAGAGGGCACUGAGUACAUGCAUCGAAACCACAUUUUGCAUCGAGACAUGAAAGCCGCCAAUUUGUUGAUCAACAACCAAGGCACCCUGCUAAUCGCUGAUUUUGGGCUCGCGCGAGCGUUUGAUUCUGGAGACAACCCAAACCGUGGUCAUAAAGAACGAAAAUACACUAAUUGUGUCGUCACACGCUGGUACCGCCCACCAGAACUAUUGCUUGGGGCAAGGCAUUACGGUGGUGAAGUGGACAUGUGGGGAAUCGGAUGUGUUCUGGGCGAAAUGUUCAUGCGCCGUCCAAUUCUACCUGGCACCUCCGAUGUUGACCAGUUGGAGAAGAUUUUCAUGCUUUGCGGGUCUCCUAACCAACACACUUGGCCUAAUUUCGAUGUCCUGCCUGGUUGUGAAGGUAUCAAAGGCUAUGGGCAACACCACCGCAAGAUCAAGACCACCUUUGAGCACAUCGGCUCAGAAACGGUUGAUCUGUUAGAGCAAUUGCUUAUCUGCAACCCUCGACAACGCAUAACUGCCUCUGCGGCACUUGACCAUGACUACUUCUGGACAGAUCCGCUUCCUGCAGACCCCAAAACUCUUCCCCGUUACGAUGCUUCACAUGAGUUUGACAAGCGUGCACAUCGACAACCACCACAAGCACCACAACCUCCAUAUAUUCCUCCCACAUAUACUGGGGAUAGAAAUAGUCGACCUGGGACUUGGAGUCGUCCUCAACAGGCUCGUCAACAUGAGCCAAGUCGGCCGAGGAGAGACGACCGCCAAAGAUUGAAUUUGGCUCUUCCUGCUCGCCCUCAGGGUAUCUUCGAGUUGGCCGCUGACGAGGAUGUCAUCUUCCACCAUGCUCUCCCAACCUCCAUGGCAGAAUCAGCUUGGUUCAGAGAUGUGAACGGAACGUGGCAACUACGUUCUCCUCAGGAGGCUAUUGAGGAAGUGCAGCGCCGUAGCUAUGGAACGAAGAGGGCAAUCAUCCAAACCUCAAAGAAGUGGCGCGAAAUUGGAUCGCAAUUCUUAUUCCGAUGUUUAUUCUUUGACUCGCCAGAGCAACUUGUCGAGUGUCAUGUUGCGCUAGAGUCGUACAUUGCCACGACUUCCACACAAUCGCUGGGCUGGUGGACGCGUCGGAUUCAUAUUACCCGCCGUGUUUUCUCGCAACAAAACACAAACACAGAACCACUACGGGACGUUCUCGCUGGCAUUAUUCAACACUGCCCCAAUCUCGAGAUGUUUCUGCUCGAUAGUGCAGUAGGUAGCACAACUCUAGGACCUAUCGUCGACGCGCUAGCCACGUUUUCCACCAAAUCUUUGCGCACAUUUGGGGUUACUGUUCUUUCUCCCGCCCUUCCACGACUUAUCUGGGCUCUGGAUUCUCUUCGCCACUUGUUUGCUGUUCAAGUCCAGGUUGAUUUGCGGGGGGUUGACACGCUCUAUGACGAGACUCCUCUUGGUGCUGCCCACGAUAUCCAGCUUCGACUUCCCAACUUACGACAGCUCUCCGUGCGUGGCCACAUUCAACAACUUGUCGAGCAGGCAACCGGCUGGCAAAUGCCAUCGCUUCGCUUCUUCUCCAUCCACACGACCGAAUCCUUGGACCUCCCUGACGUCCAAGGCUUUCUUGCCAACCAUGGGAGUGCUCUGCAUUUCCUAGACGUGUACUUGACUGCCCGCCAGUCUCUACCCCAGAUUCUUGCAGCAUGUCCGUCGCUCAAUACCCUUGUUUUCAACGGCGAUUGGCGGAUUGUGGGCGUGGAGGAUGAUAGUGCAUCUAAUCCGCUACCUCUGGCGCACACAAGUCUCGUUAAUGUUGGCAUGCACCAACUUUUCCGCGCUUUUGGCUUCGACCCCGCUAUAGACAAAAUGGCUCAGGAGGGAGCGACAAAUUUGCCAGUUGACAUAGAUCUCACCCUGUCGUACAAUGAUCGAACUCUGGAUGCUUUAGUGAAGAGACCAGAUUUCCCUUCGCUUGCCCGGAUCCGCGCUGUUGACCCACAGCUGCUGCGUGAACUGAACGUUGCUAAUGGACCCAAAGAGCAAGGAGGCGGAAUGGAGAGGUGGGAGCAAUGGUGGGAUAAGACGGCUGUUGCUGGUGUUCGAUUGGAGGACUGCACCGGAAACUUGUUAGGUGAACUUCCGCAAGAUGAUGCGGAGGUUGUCGAGGAGGAGGACAGCUUUGAAUCAUGGGAUGACGACGACGAUUAUUACUCGCAGCCCGGCAGUCGGCGGGUUUCCAAUCUAGAUGAGCUCAAGGAGUUGUUGGAAGAGUGCCGAGCCAUGGACUUGGAGCGAGACGACGAUUACCUCCACCAGAGUCCGGAGAUGCACUUGUUGAAAACGCGUGAUUUUCUAGUUGGACAUCUACAGUAG